AAACAGUUACCUCAAUUCGAAAUCCGCAUUCAUUUCUUCAAACACAAUUUACAAGCAAUUUUUAUCAUUUACAAAAGCUAUCAAUUUAUUCAGAUACAGUCAUCGUGUUGUGUUAAUUCGUGUGAUUUGUAUUAUUUGAGCACAGAUUGGAGCUCUGAUCAGCUACAUACAUAUUUGAGUAGCUAUUAUUUUUUAUCAUACGUCACAUCCGCAUCGCAAUCACAACGCGCGAGAAUAUCACAGAUUCACCAUGGAGCAAGCUCCCCCUUCACUACCCCAAUUAUUUGGCAUAAUUCCUACCGGUCUCCCACCAAUCACAACUCCCACUUCUGCCCCUUCCCCAACAUCCUUUACCUUUACUCUCCCCGCCCGCCCCUACCAACACAUCUGCGUCUUCAUCCUCCCCGGAAUCACCCUCCCCCCCUCCACCGCCGCCGCAGUCUACAUCUCUCUCCCGCCCUCCCCCACUGGCGCAUCAAUUGACCCCCCCUUCAAAUUCCUCGGGGGAAUCGGUCCCGGAAAAGAAAGCGCCAUCUUCAAAAUCAACCGCGACAUUUCCUCUCAAGCUCCCAACAAUGCCCCCGAAAUCGACAUGGACGCCGAAUCCUCCACGCCCCAAAUGCAAGGCGAAAUCACCAUUGGAAUCUCUCUCGAGAGCGCCGAGUCGGUAUCUGCACAAAUGGCACAGCUAUCUUCGUCCCAUUCUUCUUCCGCAGGUGCAUCGUCGUCAAAUCCUGGAACCUCAUUAGUUCUCUCCAGACCCCAGCCUACAAAUACGGAUACGCUAGUUCUGGCGCAACGCAUAAUAAAGAAUGCGUUCAAUUUCCUCGCGAGCUUCAGCGGUAAUAUCAUGGAUGCGGGAAAUGGGAAGGGGGUAGAAGUUGUGCCUCUCAAGGCGUUUGAAGAGUGGUGGAAGAAGUUUGAAGCGAGGGUGAGGAAUGAUCCGGGGUUCUUGGAAAAAGAUGGGGAUUGAGGUUUUGAUAUUUCAAGGAGCGUUGUAAAGAAAAUGAUGAAGAGCAAAAUGAGGUGCAUAGAGAGUAGAUGCGAAUUGGGUGGACGGAGAGAGAUAGGAAACUUAGAUUCACCUACUGUACUUUCAGCAUCUUUGCAAGGAAAAUUGCACCAUAGAGCCGUAAAAAGAAGACAGGAUGAAACAGGAGGAAAAGCAAAAUCAGCGGAGACGCGAUACCCUCUACUGAUCACAUUCGAUCAUUUCAGGAAAGAAUUGGGAUUUGCCGAUAUCACACAGAGAGCUCUGGAUAUAAAUGCGCUAUUUGUACGACAUGCCCCAUGUCAGGAUCAUUAGAUGGAGAUAUCACAAGAUAGUAAAUAUUAAUUAUUUUAAGUAAAG